AUGCCUUCUUUAAAAUCCUACACCCCUUAUGAAACGCUCUCUUUAUGCCAAUCUCUUGCUCAUCGUGGCCUCGAUGCAGCCGCCUUCGAAGAUAUUUCUACUGCUUUGAAUGCAAACCAGCUUAUUCGCGAAAACCAGACCUAUGAUGAAAGUCGACUCACUGCGGUCGCACUUCAAGGCCUUUACAAUGACCUGCUGCUCGCAGAAAAGCAGGGCGAUGGCCCGAUAGUGAAUGGUGACAAUAGCGGAAGUGCUAGCAAUCCCAAGAAACGGAAGUUGUCGCCUUCACCAUCACCCUCCAGCAACGACGGCAUCUCUGAUGAGAAACAUUUACAGACUUUGGUCGAAAAGUUGUAUGCCCAAUUCAGGGAACAAGCCAUCAGGGAGAUUCGACAGGAUGAAGUCGUCUACGAAGGUAUCCAGUCUACUAUGGCCGAUCUUGAAAAAAGGGCAAAGGAUGAAGAACGGCAGCAACAGCAGGCUCGUGCUUUGGUGGACAAAGCCCAAGCCGACUAUGACCAUCAAAAGCGACUUGAAAGAGAAGCGUCCAAGGCCGCGCAGUCGCAAACAAGUCCGGAUCCUGCUGCAGCACAGCUCCAGGCUGAUCUGGCUGCCUCUCGAGCCGACCUGAGCACUCCACUGCUUUCGGCGCCCUCUCCACACGAAAGGAAACCCUCACCGGUCCCUACGCGAACAGUACAGCAGCAGUCUUUUGUGGCCUCAAAGUCACCCGCUCCCUCGACACCGAGUGCACAUUCAGCAAAGUCCUCUGUCGAGCCUGUGGCCAGUCGGCCAUCGCAACCGCCAUCGCAACCACAAUCAACAGGAGCGACGCCUAGUCAGCAUCUAUCACCGGGGUCGUUUCAGCGAAAUGUUCCCAUACCAUCACCUCAGCGACCCAAUUAUGUAUCAAUCAAUCCACAACACUUCCAACCUGGGCCGCAGGGGCAUCCAGUGCCGUUGAUGCCUCCUCUUGCUGGGAUGCCUCACAUGCCUCCACCCACAGAAUUUCCAAGCCAGAAACGCUCGAGCUCAGCAUCUGGUCAAGGUCGAGGAUCGCCAAUGCCUAUACCACCUCCACAACAAUUCCCUGGUUAUCCUGGAUACUCGCAGGGUCCCUGGCCUCCCCAGAUACCGCCUCAACAUCAAUACCCGCAUCAGCACCAGCAAUCGCCGCAGUAUCCGAAUCCACCGUACUAUCCACCUCCCACAAGUGGCCGCCCGGGAAUGCCAUAUCAAACGCCUCAUCAUCCACCAUACCAGCAAUAUCCUCAAAGUGCUCCAAUCCAUUAUCAAGGCCAACCUCAUCCUCAUAGUUGGGUUCCACCACCCAACCAACCCUUCUAUCCGUAUCCCAGUUCAGCAAAUGUCACCCCAUUACCACGUUCUGACUCCAAACGUUUGAUGUCACGUGGACGCUCCUCUACUCCUUGGAAGAAACGUACAGACCAACAGCAGAAUAUGCGGCCAUCAUCACCAGUCCGACCAGAAAGGGAAGUUAGUCCUCUGACUGAUACGGAAUCUCCCACACGACCUAGUAAGCCAAGGAAGAAGUCGCCUUUCAAAAUGGAGCAGAAGACGGAUGAGAAUCCUCCUUCGGUACAGGACAGCUUGGCACCUAGAGGGAGGCAAGCUGCAAGUGCCACUCCUUCAGCUUUUGCUGGUUCAAGGUCUCACUCGAUAGCCUCGAGAACUUCUGAAACACCAACAGAGCGGCGGAUAAGAGGUCGCUCAAGCCAGAAGAUCAAAGCCGAACCACCCAGGACACCUGCCCCCAUGGUCUCCGACUCGGAGCAGCCACAAAAAUCUUCUGGGCGGCGAGGUAGGCCGAGAAACACGACUCUAUCGUCGUCGAAUCCCGAUGCGCAAGCACCAACACCAGCAGCAACGACGAAUAAACGCAAACGAUCUCCUGCGUAUGAUUCGGUAACACCUUCACUGCCUUCACCAGAGCGGCAUGUGGCUCCGCACCAGCCGGUACAUGAUUCAUCUCUCGUGAUUGUGUCGAAGAACUUCACCAAAACAUCGCUUCUCUUGUUAAAUGAUAUCAUCUCCCACAAAUUGGCCGGCAUAUUUGCUAAAGCUUUAUCCGAGCGAGACGCGCCAGGAUACAAAGAUCUUGUGCUCAGGCCACAGGAUCUCAAAAGUAUCAAGGCAGCCAUUAGCAAGGGCGGAAAAGCGGUUCAUGCUGCUAUUGAAGCUUUUGAGGAAGCCAACAGUAGUGGGGAAGAGACACCCACGGAGAAUGCUUCUGGUGCAGUUAGGGGGGGUCGAGUUGGCUCGCUCGGGAAUGGAUCGUAUAUGGUUCCAACAUCGGAAGACCUUGUGCCACCCAAAGGAAUCGUCAACUCUUCGCAACUCGAAAUGGAACUCGUGCGAAUGUUUGCCAAUGCAGUGAUGUUCAACCCGCUCCCCAGUUCAGAAAGAGGAUUCGGUCGAUCUCUUCGGCUGAGAAAGAGUGGAGGUGAUGUAGUACCGAAACGCGAGGAAAGCACCGACACAGAUACAGAGUCCUCGAGCGAAGACUCGGAUGAUUCACCCAACGCUGAAGAUGGGAUCAUUUCAGAUGCGCGAGAAAUGUUUGAGGACAUACUCGGUCGUGUGAGCAAGUGGCGCGAAUUGGAAGCAGAAAGAAUGGGUAAUGACGAAUCAAAUGGAGCCAAGGGUACGCAUCCGUCGCUGAUCACACAUGGAAGCGCAUCUGCUAGUGCCAGACAUUCUAGUGUAAGUUCGGCAGUCAAUGAAGAUGACGCGGGUGGUGAAACGGCUUCAACUCCUGUGGCGACGUCCUUGACGGGCACAGCAAGGAAGAGGCGACGAAUUGCGGACGCAUGA